GAAGAUAAUAUCAGCUGAUCAGGAUGCGCAUGUUCCUUGUCCUCCUGCUGGUGGCCCUGGUGCUGUUGCCGGAUUCCGACGCCUGGAGAAGAAGGAGAAGGAGGAGAAGAAGGUGGUUCAGAUUCAGGGGUCGUCGACUUCUUCGUACCGCGGGAAGGAUUUACAGAUUUUACAGGGAUCAUAAAGGCAUAAUCAACCCAGUAAUCGGAGCCCUGGGUAAGCGUAGUAUCGAUGAUCUUGAUCAGAACAAGGAUGGCAACAUUGACCAAUCAGAAGCUGAGAAAUUAAUGGAAAGACGGGCAGCCGAGGAUCUACUUUCACUUGCUGAUGAAAAUGGAGACUCGAACGUAAGUCUGGAAGAGUUCUCGAGAAGCAUCGAUGACUUCCUGACCAUAGAUUCAGAUCCGGGAUUGCAGGAAGAGUACAGUACUGCAGUGGAAGAGGACGCAGAAUGAAGCUAACGAUCAACUUGUUGAUUCAAUGAUUUAAAUAAAUCAUCACAGCAAACA